AUGGAUUUACCUAAUCAUAGAUAUUGCAAGCCUGGCAAAAAUGCAAUCAAGAUUAGUAUCUCUUUCAUGAUAAAUGCCAAAGGUACUGUGAGCAAAGAUCUACUAUAAUCGCAACUUAAUCUCAAAACUUAAACUGAUCAAAAAUAAAUGCGCAACUCCAUAUUUAUUCAAACAGUAGAUGAUCUACAGAAAUGUGAUCUGCCAACUCUCUAAGAAUUAUAUCGAACGAAUUAAAUCAACUCUCCAAAUUGGAAGCCAACAGGUUUAAUUAACCUAGGCAAUAGUAAAAUAUCAUUCACAUCUUUAGCUUGCUACAUCAACAUAAUGCUUUAAUAUAUGUUCAAUGUGACUCCAUUCAGGCAACUGAUCUUUAAUGUGUAACUGCCUAGUUCAAAGAAUAAUGGAUAAAAGGUGAUCUAAAAAUUAAAGGAGCUUUUUGCCUUAAUGUAAUCAGGCAAUAGGAACUAUAUAAAUCCUUGUGAAUUAAUUACAUCCCUUCAAGAAUAUAAACCAAAUAUUCUAACUAUUAAGGGUGAAUAAAAUGAUUAUAAUGAAUUAUAGCUGAUGUUUUUGGAUGCAAUAGAAAGCUCUUUGCUCGAUUUAAACAAUGAAUAAGUAAUCCAAGAAUUCAAAUCUAUAUUUUAUGGCUAAUCAGAAGAAAACAUUAUUGUUAAUAAUAAAGUUGUCAAAACUAAUCCAACCUAAUAUAGCUCGAUCACGAUAGAGGCAAAUGAAGAAAACCUAUUAAAAGCAUUUACCUCCUCUAGAAUUCUAUAUAUAGAUGACUAUGAAAUUUCAGAGAAGGUUUUCACCAAGGCCUUAAUUCAUCAAAACAUUAAAACAGUCCCAAAGAUAUUAUAAUUCUAUCUCAAUAGAGUGCUAUAUGAUACUAAUUAAAAUCAACUUAUUAAAAAUAAUAAGGUCUUUACUUUCCCCUCAACAAUUGAUAUUAGCUAAUUCAUAUAGGAUGAUUCAAUAAAUUAAUCUAAAGAAAUGCAAGAGUUACUAAAAAAAGAACAAGAAAUCUUAUAAAAAUUAGAAUAAUGUGGAGACAUUUAAUCAGAUACUUAAUUCGAAGGUUUAAUCAAGCUUUUUACUAAAUAGCCCAAUGAACAGUUUAUCAUCGAUCCUUAACCAAAUCUCUAAAGUCAUCUAGAAAUGGCUAAAUAAUUGUCCUUGUAUCAAGAAGCCUUUAAGAUCAAAAAAUAGCAAUUAUAGAUGGAGUUUAUUAAAAUAGAAGAGCAGAAAAGACGAGUAAUUGAAGCUAAGAAAACUAUAUAUCAACUAACUGCUCUAUUAAUUCACUCUGGUACUGCUUUAAGUGGUCAUUAUUAUUGUUUUAUUUAUGAUGGGAAAUUUUGGUGGAAGUUUAAUGAUAGAGUUGUGACUCAAGUGGAAUUUCCUGUUGUGUUUGCUGAAGCUCAAGGAAAGACUAAUAUGAACACUAAUGUAUCAGGUUUAAUCUAUGAACAUUGUGAAUAAAUAAAUUAAAAGAGAUUGGUUCCAUUAGGUAAUGAAUUAGAGAAAUUUAUUGAACAGAAAAACUAAGAACUUUUGAUGCUGUUUGAUCAAUAAAAGGUAUUGUAAAUAAAAUCUCGAAUUUUGUAAAGAGCUGCAGAGCAUAAAAUAAUUUAUCCAAAAAGUCAGAUUGGCAUAGCUUUAACUAAAUAUUAGUAUUUUGAAGAAUUUCUUUAGGGAAAUUCAAAUAGACAUUAUUUUGUUAGAUAUACUAUUCUAGAUGAAGAAUUAAAGAUAUUAAAUCCAAUUCUGAAAUAUCCUUAACAAAUCAAUGAAUAUAAAAAAUAUUUCAUUUCCAAUUCAGGAAUAUUCCCUCAAAAUUUUGAUUAGAUGUUCUAACAAGAUUAUUCUAAAUAUACCUUCAUAAAUAAUAUUAUCUCUAACUUUUAAGUGCCUUCAAUAGUAACUUCAACAAAUUUUCAAUAAGUUAUCACUCAAUUCCAAAAGUAUUGUUUGUAGUUAAAAAAUUUGGAUAAUUCUGUAUUUGAAUACUUGACUAUCAUAUUUUAAGCAAUUUUAUUAUAGGGUUGUUUCUUAUGCGAAUUAUUGAUUCAAAAAAGCAAGUUACAAGAAGGAAAGUAAUUGACACAAUUUAUCUUUGAAACUAUUAAAACUAGUUAAUUUAUCCAAGCAAUUAUUACAUAAUAACUUAGAGAAAAUAUGAAGAGUAUCAUUGAAGAAUUAGAGGAACUUAGCAAGAAACAAGGUUAGAUAUCCAAAUCUAAUAUUGCAUCACCGAACAUUGUGGUUCCUGAUUCUAUUUUUCAGAUAAAUUAGAACAAAAUAAAGGAUCUUUCAGAUGUAAUUCAGAAAUUUGAUGAGUUAGAAUAAAAUACAUAAGUAAUAGAUUAUAUAGAGUUUGUUAGUUAUGGAUUGGCUUUGUGA